AAAAAAAAAAAAGGAAAGGGGGGGGAAAAAAGGCCCGGACUAGCUCGCAGCUUGUCAAUUUCAACAUCGGGUCACAUGACCAGCACCUCCCUGCUAAGGAUGGGGAUAGAUUUCCACGUCAGCUUACGUCUCCAAAUUUCUACUUCACGGAUCCGCUUCAAAGAGGCAGCUGCAGUGGAGAAUCAUGUUAAGCUCGGCUACUGCGGAGAUCCCAAGGUAGCCCAAUGAUGGAUUUUGAUGAGCGUGGUCCCUGCUCCUCUAACAUGUAUUUGCCAAGUUGUACUUACUACGUCUCGGGUCCAGAUUUCUCCAGCCUCCCUUCUUUUCUGCCCCAGACCCCGUCUUCGCGCCCAAUGACAUACUCCUACUCCUCCAACCUGCCCCAGGUCCAACCCGUGCGCGAAGUGACCUUCAGAGAGUACGCCAUUGAGCCCGCCACUAAAUGGCACCCCCGCGGCAAUCUGGCCCACUGCUACUCCGCGGAGGAGCUCGUGCACAGAGACUGCCUGCAGGCGCCCAGCGCGGCCGGCGUGCCUGGCGACGUGCUGGCCAAGAGCUCCGCCAACGUCUACCACCACCCCACCCCCGCCGUCUCGUCCAAUUUCUAUAGCACCGUGGGCAGGAACGGCGUCCUGCCACAGGCUUUCGACCAGUUUUUCGAGACAGCCUACGGCACCCCGGAAAACCUCGCCUCCUCCGACUACCCCGGGGACAAGAGCGCCGAGAAGGGGCCCCCGGCGGCCACGGCGACCUCCGCGGCGGCGGCAGCCACGGGCGCGCCGGCAACUUCAAGUUCGGACAGCGGCGGCGGCGGCUGCCGGGAGACGGCGGCGGCGGCGGAGGAGAAAGAGCGGCGGCGGCGCCCCGAGAGCAGCAGCAGCCCAGAGUCGUCUUCCGGCCACACUGAGGACAAGGCCGGCGGCUCCAGUGGCCAACGCACCCGCAAAAAGCGCUGCCCCUAUACAAAGUACCAGAUCCGAGAGCUGGAGCGAGAGUUCUUCUUCAGCGUCUACAUCAACAAAGAGAAGCGCCUGCAACUGUCCCGCAUGCUCAACCUCACUGAUCGUCAAGUCAAAAUCUGGUUUCAGAACAGGAGAAUGAAGGAAAAAAAAAUUAACAGAGACCGUUUACAGUACUACUCAGCGAAUCCACUCCUCUAAGGCUCCAGCGGCUGGAAUUGGGUGGGGGGCUUCAUACACAUGAGAUAAUAUGCAGAUUUUGCCCUUGACAAGGUCAAGCCACAUGGUGACUUUUGAAAAGAGGUGUGCAAGAGAGGGAUGCAUGGAGAUAGCCCCACACGAGGCGGCCUGGGACUCUCUUGAUUAAGAUCUCAGUGGUUAAGAUUCCUAAUAAUCAUUGGAUUCUGAGAGCUGUGUAUCAGCUAGAAUGACAGGUUUGGGACCCCUGGUGGUUCACUCUUGGAGCCUGCAGAGCUGCGGGCUGGGUGUGGUCUCCACUGGGGACUGGGCCCCCUGCCAGACCCCCUGGAGGCUAACCCCUCCACAUCCUCCCUCUACUGGGAGCCUACCCACCCCCAGGACCCCUGAGUCAAAAAGCUGUGUGCUCUCCAAGACCAGUUCAGCUUGGGGACAGGGGCAGGAGGAAGGGGUAGGAUUACUAGGUGCCCAGAAUGAGGCUGCUUUCCAAAGCCAAUGUGAACGGCGGCGGCUGGACUUAGAGGUGGCUAUGAGGUGGAAGAGGGCUGCAAAUCCUUGUGGGAAAAGAAAUCUGUGAUUCCAGGUGGCGUCAGUGUCUUUCCACUCCUCCUAGCCACCCACUACACUUAUCCAGCCCUGAGUUCCUAGCCACCGCCUCCUACAGCCCACCUGGCUUUUCUUUCUACCAAAUGAGGGUCUUGGUUUCAGCCUACCACUCAGGCCCAAAGCCUCGUCACAGAGUGGACUGUUCCCUGAGGUGGGAGAUAUGGAAAAGCCAAGAAGCUGCGGCCAGGCCACUGGCCCCUGAGAUCUCUGCAGGAAAUGGCUGUGGAGUGCGGCAGUUUGGCAAACUCUCCACCACAUGUAAUGAAGCUUGGAUUUGCUCAGUGUCUGGCUGCAGAGCAGCAGGCCUGGCCAGCAGGUCUCCAGCUUUGGCUAUGAGGGCCUUGAGUCCCCCAAAACACCGGGUUCCAGCACCACACUCUACCCUCAUUGGCUCCUGAACUGAGCUUGGAAGCUUCUGGUGACCUUCCAAGAGCCUGAGAGUGAGGUGGAAUUAUUUUAAAAGAUAAAUAUUAUAUUAUAUAUAUAUAUUUCCCUGAAGGAACCAAAGCGAAUUUUAAAAGAUGCAAUGUAGAGGGGAAAAGAGAUGAUGAAAAUAUUUAAAGGCUCUAUCUGUUUACAGUGUUCCAUGGUUAAACUCGCUCACUGCUAAGAAUAUUUGAAUGUAUGCUUCAUACAGGGAUGGUGUUCAAAAAACUUGUAAAUAAAGAAACCAUAACCAAUUUUGUUUUCCUUCCUUCCUUCCUUCCUUCCUUCCUUCCUUCCUUCCUUCCUUCUUUCUUUCUUUCUUUCUUUCUUUCUUUCUUUCUUUCUUUCUUUCUUUCUUUCUCUUUUUUGCCAUUAGUUGAUUUCCUUUGGGGUGUUGGAGGGGGUGGAAAAGGUAUUAAGAAUGGUCUUUUUAAUCUCUUGCAACAUUUGGAAAGUGUUAGGGAAAUGCUCAGAGGCAGUCGGCCUGCCCAGACUGGGGAUCUCAUCUGGGAAAGCCAGGUACCCUCCCAUUGAAUCUCCUUUGCCUCCCUGUAUUAAGAAAUGUCUAUUGGCUCCAUUUGUACUGGGAGUGUUGGCCUGUCCUCAAUUCUGGUUCUUACCCACCGUGUGUGUUGCAGCAUGUAUACAGGCAACUGGGCACAAGGAAAAUAAAGACGGUGGAAAUUGGA